UAGGUUUUGCGUUUCAUCUUCUCCUUUCGUCGUUGCUGUUCGGCUCGUUGCUGGCAGGAGGUGUAGAGAUUGCACGCUUCGCUUCUUCGGCUCCUUCGUGGCUGUUCGACUUUGCUCCUUCGACGAAUUUCCCAUCCUGUUGGAUUGGAAGCUACGACAUUUUGAUCGGAAGCAACAACGGGAGCUCGCUGGCUGUGCCUUUCGCGCGCUUCUUCGGCCAAAUCCCAUAAAUCCGCCGAACCGAGGGAUGUAGUAAAUCCAGGAUUUAAGCCGUAAAUCCCUAAAACCGGGAUUUACCCAUCGCCGGGAUUUAAUGCGCGCACACAAACCGUUUGGUUGGAUUUAGCGCAAAUCCGACUUAAAUCCCGCUGUAAAUUCGAUAUCAAACAGCCCCUAAGCAGUUUGACGUUAUUGGGAUAGCGAAGUUUAUACUUAUUCUUUCUUCAAGUAUCAAGUGAUGCCGUGGCAAAUCGUUCAUGUUCCUGACAAGCCUCCGAGCUCUCCUGAACUGUCGACUGUUGAUGUGCUUGCUUCUGUUAUUGAGCCCAAGCUCGCAAACACUUUGGUGAGGCAGCUGAAUCAAAUUUGUCCACUUGAGAAUCUACGCCAUGUAAAAAGGGUGCAGAAGAGAUCAGUGGAAGGAAAAGUGGAACUGUCCGUCAUUUUAUGCCGUCAGAAUGAACAUGAAAGUCUUUGUGCGGGAAUGCCAAAUGAUGUUCUUCAGCUUGCAAGUACCUAUCAGUUGAGUCCAUACAAGACAAAAGUUGCAAAAUAUGCUGCAUUGUCGAAGGAAGAAUGGAAGGAACAAUGCAAGCUCUGGUCAACAUCAUAUCACCCAUCAACAAUUCCUUAUGAGCUUACCGGAUUUGCUGAAGAGGAAUCACAAUUGAUUUUCAAGUACAUGAAGUUUGCUAUGAGGUUGAUGAGAACUCCUAAUGGUAAGGUGGUAAAUGCAGCUGUCAUUGUUGAUCCUUUGGGUGGGAAAAUUAUUGCAAGUGGUAAUGACCAGACACUUUUUAGACUUCCUACAAAUGAAACCAUUUCAAACUGUAUUAACGGCAGUGAGCAAUCAGCCACCACUUUCUCCUUUCAGCAUGGUGGAGAUUCUUUGGAAAACAUACCAGAAGACUCAAAGUCAAAGUUGUUGCCUUGUGACUCUAGCAGAGUUUCCUGCAUGUAUCCUUGGCGAUGGACUGAAACAAGAUCUGAUAAUGGGAAAGAGAAAUGUGAUGGAAACUUUUCGUGGCAUCCUUUAAGGCAUGCUACUCUUGUUUCUAUUGAAAAUGCUGCUGCUAGGGAUAGACAGUUAUUUCCUUGCUUAGAUUAUCAAAACAAUCUGCCUCUUCGAAAUGGUGGUGUCUGUGAUUGUUCUGAGAACAAUCCGAUAAAACGACAGAAGAUCCAAUUGUCAGAAAAUGUGGGUGUGAUUGCUGAGGAUGUGUCCCCUGAAAAUUUGCCUUCUGAAGUAUUGAGGCCUUAUCUUUGUACUGGUUUCGACAUCUACAUCCUAUGGGAGCCUUGCGUAAUGUGUGCCAUGGCACUCGUUCAUCAAAGGAUUAGGCGAAUUUUUUAUGCCUUUCCAAAUCCAAUUGCUGGUGCAUUGGGCAGUGUCUACAGUUUGCAAGGAGAGAAAAGCUUGAACCAUCAUUACUCAGUUUUCAGAAUUCAAAUACCUGAAGAAUACUACUAGAGAGAAACAAGUGCUUUAGACAAAGCUCUUCGCAGGAUAAGCUUAUGAUAACAUAAUAGUGGGAUUCCAUGGUGUUUUGUGGUUUGCUUCGAAUUCCCUCAUUUUUUAUUAUUCUACUCCAUGAAGAAGACCAGUAGACAGUUAAACAAAUCAUUAGGAUGAAUUCAAAUUACAAAUGUGUUUGCUCAGUUUUCAACACUCUGAUUCCCGGAGAGAACAGAAGAGAGAAACAUACGACAUUUUUGUUUGCUCGGUUUUCAACAUUCUGAUUUCUGAAGAAGACCACUAGAUAAAGAAACAAGUGGUUAAGAUAAUCCCUCUUCACACCAGAAACUUGUAAUACACUUACUAGUCAGCCUCUAGUGGUGUUAAUGUGUUAUUAUCUACUCCACUUUCAUCCUUAGCUUGAAGCAUCAUUACUCAGUCUUCAAGUUUCCAAUACCUGAAGCAGACCAGUAGAGAGAGAAACAAAAUGGUUUAUUUAACUCUUCACUGGAAAUACUUAUGAUCCACUUAACACUGGUGCUUGCUUCCAACCCCUAGUUUCUAUGUUCCUGAUUGUGAUAGCCCAAAACCUGUAAGGGCGUCUCUAGCCGAACUCCAAACGACUAUAAGGCGUAGUUGAUUUGCUCCAUUCGAACGGCAAAAAAAUCACUAAUCUGUGGUGGGUGAACAAUGCGACGUCAAUAUUAGCGUUGCACUGUUUACCUAAGCGAUUUUUCUGUCUCAACCGGAUUUGCCGAAGAAACGCGCUAAAGAGUAGAAAGACGGUUACCUUCACAGAAGCAUGCAAAAUGGAGUUCGAUUGGAGAUGAAUCACGGCAUUUUUGAGUUUCACUGUAUUUUAGAUUGAAAAAUGAUAUUUUUGGUCGGAGAUGCCCUAUUAGAAAUCAUUUUCUUGUCUCCACAUUUAAGUAGGACAAAUCUCUAAUUAUUUGUAAUGUGAAUGCUUCCAGAACCACCCAGCUGCUACAGUUACAUUAUACUGCUUAUUUCUUCAUUCAUAAUUUAUUUUAUCAUUCAGAAUUAAAUAUUAUUGGUGCCA